AUGGAAAAGCUUCUGGUCUCCGAUGAGGCUCGCAGGGAGUUCUCCAAUCUCCAUUACGCUUUCCAUGAGGUUAACUCCCAACUCCAAACCAAGUUUAGCCAGGUAUUUACAUGGGGUGUUUGUUUUUUAAUUUUUGACAGGGUUCAAGCUUUAAUAUUGUCACCAAUGAGGGAACUAACCUCGCAAAUUGAGAUGGUUAUAUUGGUUGUUGGGGAUUUCAUCAAUAUACAAGCUCAUGCAUGCGUUAGAGGUAAAAGUGUGGGAGAAGACAUAAGGAAACUUGAGUAUGGAGUUCAUGUGGUGUUUGGAACUCCUGGCCAAUUUGACAGGUACUACUCCAUGUAUGGGCAUGUUGAGAAACUAGCAGAAGAAAUAAAGAAAGGGGCUUCCUCUGUGGAAGGUGUUGGGGCCAAGUUAUGCAGAGAUGUACCUAAGACACUACUCAAUGAGGUGUUUGGUAAGAUGAGUGCACCACCCAAGAGUAAUGUACCAGUCAUUACCCCCAAUGAACUAUCGGAGACUGAUGGCUUCAUGACAAGGUUUGGAAUGAUGGCUGCUCAUUAUAAAGCCUUUCUAGAUGCUACUGGAGGCUUAAGGAGAGCACAACAGCUUGCAGGCAAGUCUAUUGAACUCUUCUACAACACUAGUUCACAAGGUGAAAGUCCAUAUGGUGUCGAAACUUAUGUCGUUGACGAAUCAAGACAACCAAGUGAGCUUGAGUUACAACAAGCAUUCCACCAAGGGAAGUACAUUGUCGGCAUCACAAAGAAGCUCAAGCGAGUUGCAUAA